ACUCUUAAUCAUUUGUUGAAUCAUUUGUUUUUUUCAUCAGUGCAUCAAUUGCGUCUGUUAAUUACCUCCAGUUUAUAACGAAAUUUCAGGUGUGUUCUAUUAUUAAAUAAUCCGUCGAACGAAAAAUUCAUAAAUGAAAGGAUUAACGGUUUAUUUUGAAGUGAAAUCAGUUUAUUAUCAUAAUAUUGUUUUGAUUCAAUGGAUUGUGGGAUUAUUUAUUUACAGUUUGUGAUCAUUUGAUCAUUUCCUUUGGAUUAUGUGUUUAGAUGGUUUUAUGUUAAAUUGUGGUCCAUUGAGGAAGAGCCUUGGAGCUGUUGGAAUAAAUCAAGAGCUUACUUUUUGAAUUAAGAAUUGAAAUAUCAACUGUUAUAAUCAAACUUUGCGCUAAUCUUAUCGUCAUAGAAACUGUUAUAUAAAUGUCAAAUUGAGUGCUUGCUCUCUCUUGUUUUUCAUGUUUCUCUCUCUUUCUCUCUUUCUUACUCUCGUCUUCUUGUCUUCCUUCCAGUAGUCUUCUUGUAGUGUUUCCCGUAAAAUUUUAUUGACAACAAUAUAAACAAUGUUAACCAUUAACAGUAUCAAAACUGAGAAGCUAUACUUGAAGAGAGAAACAGCAACAGCAAAGGGGAAAGGAUAAACAACAUCAAUAACACUUUCUCUUUUUUUAUUCUCUCAUCUCAUUUUUCAUCUUUCAUCCUCUUCAUCUUCUUUUUCUGUCAUCUUUAACUUCCCCUUCUUUCGUUCUGUCUCUUUCGCUAUUAAUUUGACAUCUUUCUUUUUACUUCUCUGUGUAAUUCUCUAUUUUCCCAUCAAUACACACACAUCAUCAAUCUCUCUCUUUUUUUCUCACCUUACCUUCUUUCCCCUAAUCACUUUCUCUUCCUCUUUGCUACCUAUUCCUUCAUCUUUACCAUCAUCUCGUCAUCGUUUCAAGUAAACCACCAAGUAUGUCUUUUGUGGAGGCACUAUUCAAAAGAUAUUCCGAUCCAUUGAGGGAUGACAGGUCCAAUGGAUCUUUCCAAAUAUUCAUUGUUGGCUCUCUAAGUCCAGGCAAAUCAGGCAAUCAACUAAUUUUACCGCCAUCUCUGUCAUUAAAUGGCUGUAACAUCAAAUAUUCUGGUUCAGAGAGAAAAAUUCGGGAGCUUUGUGCAAAUGUUGAGCAACUUGACCUGGCAUCUAAUGGUUUCACGGGGCUUGAUGAGAUUUUCAGGAUAGUCAAAGGAAUGCCCAAUCUAAGGUUUCUUAAUUUAUCUGAAAAUGAUCUCAGUGAUUGCAAAAUCAACCCUCAUGAACCAUGUGAGCUGAUUAAUAUGAGAAGUCUGGUCUUAAAUAAUACUAGCGUGCCUUUUGCUGCUGUUCAAUUGCUUCUCGAUUCAAUGCCAAAUCUCUGUGAUCUUCAUUUAAGCCUCAACAAUUAUACAACUCUAGACAUUGGUCCAACCAAAUAUAACAACAUCCGAAGGCUUUACAUAUCCGGAAAUCCUAAUCUUAAAUCAUGGUUUGAAAUAUCCAACCUUUUGGAUGCGUUUCCAAGCCUUGAAGGGUUAACCAUGGCAGACUGUAAUGUUGAAACUAUACCGGAAGACCUUGGCAACAUAUUGCCAAAACUUCAGACUCUCAACAUAUCAAACUGGCCAAUAAAGGAAUGGGAACUUCUUGAAAGGUUAAACAAUUUAACUCAUUUAACUGAGCUUCGAUGUCAAGGCAUCCAAGUCCUACAAGCAAUCAAUAAUCCUGACUGUAAAAGACAACAUCUCAUUGCUCGCUUACCUAAUAUACAACGUUUAAAUGGUAGUGAAAUAAGUGACGAUGAAAGGCUGUUUGCAGAGAAGGCUUUUGUUCGUUGGUUCCUUGCAAAUACUGACGCUAACAAGCCAGAAAGAUUCUACACUUUGUUCGACAUUUAUGGAAAGGUAGAUCCGCUGGCCGAAGUUGAUCUAUCACCGCCGAAAUACGCAACCAUCAAAAUCAUAUGUACAUUUUAUGAUACCAAUUGUUUGCCAAGUGAUGAGGAUGUCAAAAAAGAGAUCAAAGAAAUGAAAGUAGAUCUCAACAAAUCAGUUAAAGACUUCAAAAGUGAAAUAAGCUCCAUCUUUAAUUUACCAAUUGGUAAGAUGAGAAUAUUUUAUAUCGAUCAUGUUCUUUCUGAAGUCAUGGGUCCAGAGGAAUUAAAGUUCAACCAGAAGAAGCUAUACACCUACAAUGUUCAAGAUGGUGACGAAUUUCUGAUUGAUCAAAAAUCGAAUUGAACUGAUAGCAGAAUUAAAUCGUUUUCCUUUAAGAUAUGAGUAUCUUGUAAGGAAAUCGGAUCCUCACAGAAAUCACUCAUGAAUCAAACAUUGGCCCUAAAGAUUGACCAAAAUCAUCCUUUUUUGAUCGAUUGUCUAAAUUUUAAGUCAUACACAAAAUCAACUUCUUCGUUAUCAUAAUCAAAGUUGGGAAAAAGUCCAUUGUAAAUAUCAUAAAAACCAUGAAGGUCAAGCAGAAAUCAACGGAAUGGUUAAAAAGAUCUCUUGGAAAAGUCGGUAUCAUUCGCUGUAAGAUUAUAAUUAGCAAUUGAUAAUCAUUAUAAUCUUAGCUAUUAAACCACAACAGAAACAUUAUUCAUAGGAUGAACCAAAGUGAACGUCGCGGUAAAUACACUAAAAAGCUUAGAGGACGAGCUAGAUUAAACUCUAUCCUGGCCAAUUAAUCUUAUAUGUGAAUCAAACCUAAUUUUGUUCAUUCUGGAUUUUAUCAAUUCAUUUCAAGUUUGCUGAGCUAGCAAGAGAUGUAACUUUGAAUGUCUAAAAGUUCAGAAGAUCAACUUCAAACAAUAUUAAAUAAUACUUGAAUCUUAAACUUAAUCUAAAUAAAAAUAAACUUUCAACCGAGUA